AUGAUGGAGGAUAUUUAUCACAAGUCACUUGAAAAUGAAGCAGUUGGACAGUUAACUGCAUUCUUGUCCAAUGAAACAAUGCCACGGGACAGCAUUGGCGUCAGCAGCAAGAAUAUCACCCUGAAUGCAGGCCAAUGCUCUGAAGAACAUGUUCUGAAAUGCACAUUCAAGGCCUGUGAUCCAGAACAAACAGGAGAGGUGUCUGUCUUCCGAAUCAUUGAAUACUUGCAGGAGAUGACAGGGCAAAACUGCGAAGACUGGAGGUUUCGGUCCCUAUAUAAGAGGUUGGACCCUCAAGAGAGAGGGAUUGCUGUUGAUUUUUCUACCUUCUGUGCAGUUAUGAAAGAUUGGAUCUCAGACUGUCGACAAGAGGGGGAAGAUGCUGUAGACCUAACAAACAGCAUCCAAGAUCUGCAACAUGGCAACAAGAAGCUAGCAGUGCAGAACAUCAAGCUGCAAAAGACUAUUGAGGCUGCAGAAGAGCUCAACUCAAGACUCUCUGAGGAGAUCUGUGACCUGAAGGGGAAGCUGAGAGGUCUUUAUUACAGCACCCAACAAGCCUUGGAACAAGCUAGGGUCAUGGCAAAUGAAUUAGAGGAUCUGAAGGUUUUCGCAAAAAGUCUGGAAGAAGAAAAUAGUAAACUGCACACACAAGCCCGACAGCUGGUAAAAGAGCAGCAGUUCCUCUCCGUUCAAAUGGAUAAAGUGCAGGAGAUGAACAAGAAACUGCUUCUGGAGAAGGAAAGCUCAAAGUGUAAAAUCAAAGACCUGUUUUCAAAGAAGGCUAAAAUGAAGUCCCAGAUCUCUGAAUACGAAAACCUUAUCUCCUGCAAAGAUGCUGCCCUAAACGAGAAAACAAAACAUGCUGAAGAACUAACAGUCACCUUGGAUGAAUACAGAAUGGUAGUGCAGGAACUGAAACUGGAGGUCAGCAGACUUCAAGAACACCUGUCCCAAUCCUAUCAAGACCAAUACGUGCUGCCAGGAGAUUUCCUAGAAAAUGUGAAGACCUGCUCACAGGCCCCUGCACAGCCACUCUGGAUAGAAAUUGAAGAAUCACAGAAACAGUUUGGCGAGGAGGCUGGUUUGCCUAGUCCUUUGUGUGGGAUGUUGACAUCUUUGGUGACAGAUCCAUUGGCUUCAGGAGACACUGGAUCUUUGGCAGACAGGGUUUCUUGUCUCAUCCAGCUGCCUGUUACUGCACAUCCUUUGGAAUCUGGUUCUGCUAGGGCUCCCUGCAUUCAUUGCACUGCUUGCCAUGUCCUUCGUGCUACCGUUCAACCAGCAACCUGCCUGGGCUGA